AAGUCCUUGGCUCGGGCUGGCAGACUGGUGGAGGCUGCGGCGGCCAGCAGGAAGCCCCGGAUCCAGCAUGUCUCAGGCCACCAAGCGGAAGCACGUGGUGCAGGAGGUGCUCGGGGAGCACAUGGUGCCGUCGGACCAGCAGCAGAUCGUGAGGGUCUUGGGGACCCCUGGCAACAAUCUGCACGAGGUGGAGACGGCGCAGGGCCAGCGCUUCCUGGUCAGCAUGCCCUCCAAGUACCGCAAGCACAUCUGGAUUAAGAGAGGUGACUUUCUCAUCGUGGAUCCCAUCGAGGAGGGGGAGAAAGUGAAGGCCGAGAUCUCUUUUGUGCUCUGCAAGGAUCAUGUCCGCUCUCUCCAGAAGGAGGGCCUCUGGCCUGAAGCCUUCUCAGAGGUAGCGGAGAAACAGAACAACAGCAGGAACAGACCACCUCAGCCAGAACUCCCAGGAGAAGCCCAGUCUUCAGAAGACGACAGUUCUGAAGACGAUUCGGACCUCUUUGUCAACACCAAUCGAGUACAGUACCAGGAGAGUGAGGAGGAGAGUGAGGAAGAGGCCUGAGACUCCAGCUUCCCUUCCAGUUGGAAGCCUAGUCUACACCCUGACCCCACUUCCAUGGACAUAAAUGGGGUUGCUCUGUGGAUCCACCCCCUGGUUGGGGAUGAGGCAGGGCUCCCAUCUGGACUCCUACUCUUCUCUGUAAGAGAUUAAACCCCUGGUGGGUUGAGAGCGAGCCAUGGUUGACUUGUACCAGUGUGCCUAGUAAAGCAAUUUCCGACUUUGA